AUGUCUAUCGAACACCCGACAGAUGUCUUGAACACUGUCAAUCUUGUGACACAAUGUUUGUGUAUUCCGAUCGUUACUCUCUUUGUGCUUUUGCGUUUUUAUACCCGGAUUCGAUUUAGACAACCACUAGGAGUUGAAGAUUAUGGCUGCACAAUCGCUUGGCUCUUGUUCAUGGGAUACUGUGGAAUCAGUAUCGUCGUCGGACAACAUGGUGGAGGAUACCACUAUGACGAACUCGACACGGCAACGCAAAUCCAAUUCAAAAAGUUCUGCUACAUUGCGACCAUUCUUUACUGUCCCAUGGCUCUUUUCGUCAAAAUCGCCCUCCUAUCGAUUCUUACCCGCAUUUUCGCUCCUUACCGUGGCAAAGUCUGGUUCAUCUAUAUCUUCCUCGCAUGUCUCUGCUGUUACUACACUGUCGCGCUCAUUGUCAAAAUUCGCAUGUGCGCUCCCAUUCCCAUGUACUGGCUCGGUGAUGUGCCAGGCGGAACCUGUCUCGACCAAACCGCUGCUCUUAUCGCCGAUUCCGUGAUCAGUGUUGUCAGUGAUAUCAUCAUUCUUAUCCUCCCCCUGCCAUUGACCUGGUCCCUCCAAAUGUCACGCAACCGGAAACUGCGCGUUAUGGGACUAUUGGGCGCUGGUGGUCUAGCCACUGGAUUCAGUCUUUAUCGCCUGGUACUGGUGUUGAGCAAAGGCAAUUCGUCGGACCAGAGUAUUGUGUUUAUCUGCGUAAUUUUGUCUGGAAAUGCCGAGGGUGGCAUGGGAUUGAUCUGCGCCUGCUUACCUAUUCUCAACGUCCUGCUGGCCCACUACAAGAGGGAAUACUCAUCGCAAAAAUACUACCAGAACGGCUCAAACCUCCCAUUGAGUGAACGAAAGACAGGCCCCACCUCGAAGGCUGCCUCGGAAUGGGACAAGGCCACAAGCUUUGGCGAUCAAAGCCAUCUGAUCUCUUACGCCGGCGCACCAGAAACGGAGGCUCCCGAUUCUCUCUUUAACCAGGAAGGAAUCAGAAAGACCGUUGCUGUGUCGCAGACUGUCGAAAACUCAUGA